UCAUAACUAAUUUUAAUUUUUUUUAUUCGUAAAUAAAAUCUUAAAAUUUGUACAAACUAAAUAGAGUAGAGUGUGUAUUUACAAUAAAACAACGUGUCGCUAAGGAUAUUUUCUUUACUUGCGCCUCAUUCCUAGCCCUAAAUUCCCAUACAAAGUCCAAAUCCAUGUUGUAAAUACAUCCAACAGAGCAGCAAUGGCAGACAAAUACUCUUCAGAUCUAAUGCGCAUUGUUAUUGCGCAAAUAACACAAACUAUUGGAUACAGCAGCACACUAAGUGCACCGCUAGAAUUGUUGCAGGAUAUUUUGCUAAAAUUUAUGCAAGAAUUCGCACGCGAUUUGCAUGGUCAAAUGGAGCACGCAAAUCGGCUUGAGCCAAACCUGAAGGAUGCACGCCUGACUUUAAAGAGUCUCAGCAUUAAUGUUCAUGAACUUUUGGACUAUAUUGGAAAUGUCGAGCCGGUGGCUUUUACACGCGAUAUUGCUGCGUUUCCUAUCAAACGAGCUUCGAAUAUGAAUUUUCUAAAGCCAGGCAGCGCAGAGACUCUGACCCGACCAAUCUAUAUAUUUGAGUACUUGCCACCAAUGCAGCCAAACGCUGAACCAAGUGAACCACCGUCUACCGCGACAAACAUUAUUCAGGACUCUGAACUUCGAGAUCUUUCCAAUGAGUCUGAAAAGACAUUAACACUGGAACAGGAAAGUAGCUCGAAAAUCGAUUUGGAUCCGCUCAUUAUGGUAGAAAAUCGGACCUCAAUACCAAUAGAUUCUCAGUCGCAGUCCACGCUACUAAAUUUUCCUUCGAAUAAAAACUGUGACCCCGAUAAUGGACGGACAGUACGCGAAAUGAGUAGUGUGGUAAUGACAACAGGGGGCUUCAUUUCGCCAGCUAUUGAAGGGAAACUCCCAGAUGCUUUCGUACCCGAUAUUAUUGAAAAAUAUAAAGGGCUACAUGCACCGCCAGUGCCCUCUCCAGUUAUCGCUCCGCUGGAAACCUCUUCAACUAAACCGGAUACUUCAGUUACUGAAGAGAAUCGAUAUUUCAAUUCAACAUCAGCAUCGAAAUUAAAUGAAAGAGAUCAGCAGCGCAUCGAGAACCGAACCACAGCGAUAAGUAAAAAUGGUAAAAAAGAGGGCAAAUUUGUAAUGCCUCAAGAGAAUCCGAACCCAUCGGUAGCAGUCAUGUUAAAUGCCAAAACCUCUAAGAAAAGCAAGAAACAAAAGCAUUUUUUAUCAAACCUGUCCGGCAUGGAGAGAAGUAAGGCCGAAAUGAAUGUCCAUGGUGGUAAGGCUCAAGAAAAAGCGCAGCGAAAAGCAAUGAAAAUGUUUCAGAAACUAGCAAAGAGCCAAAAUGAUGGUGGGAGUAGUCAACUUUUACACCUGAAAAAGUCAAGGAAGCGUUUAAAUCGGGGAACAUUCCCAUCUCUUCCAGAUGGAUCUUCGGAAAGGAUAAAACUGGAAAAGAUCCUAAAGAAACAAGCUAAGCAUAGACAAAAACAGUUGCAGGGACAGAGCCUGCAGUCAGAGCUUGAAAGCAAGCCGCUAGAUAUUGCCCCAACCACCAGUGACCCUGCUAAUGUUGCACUGACUUCAAAAGCUGCAGCGAAAAGCCAUGAAGAAACUGCUAUCAAAAGUAAUGCUGAUAGUCGGACAACUGUUGUUGGUAAACAUACGGAGAAUCAGGACGAAUUUCCAUUAGUAGGCCCUGCAUCGGAGGCAGUGGGACCCCAGGUACCGCAAAUAGGACUAUCAGCUACAAAAAAGCAUAACAGCGAGCCCGAACGUAACAAAUUGGAUAUUUUUAAGAAAAUUUCAAAGCCAAAAACGCCAAGGCUUGAUGGCCCAGGGCUAUCGGGCUCCCUAGCUGUGGCAGGAAAUCUAUUUGAAAGCACAGCUAGUCCACCACUGAUUAAUUUACCAUCCGGAACGACCAUAACACCAGCGCCAGCACUGGGACUCAGUAUGGAACACAUAAAUGUGGCCAGCAGUAUUUCAGCAGUUGGUCAUCAAAUGCUACCCAACUACGGUGUGAUGAUGCCAACUCCACAGGCACCAUCACCUCAGUCAACUGUGGACCUAAUGAUCAUAGAUUCGUCAAAGCCAAAGAAACGAGGAAGAAAACCAGGUGGCAAGAAUCAAACCAAGCCCAUUCACUCAGCAACUGACACUGUAGCGCAGCUGGAGUCCCAGCCGCUGCCUACAAUUCAAUCGAUGAAGAAGGGCAAGCAAAACCAUAUAAAUGCACUGUCAGUUUCACUGCCGUCAUCUACAUUGCUGAUGAAUCCCAGUUUGGUCCCUAUAACUAUACCAACGGAGCCCCUUAACUUGAGUAAUGUACCUCAAUGUAAGGUGAAGGAGAAGAAGGACCGAAAGAGAUACAAGACAAAAUAUGACUCUUUCCUGCCCGAAAAUGAGAAGGAAAAGGAAUUAGGCUACAACGGUCACUCCAUUGAGAAUACCUCCCCGACGAAACCUUUUGUACAUGGUACUAAACCCAGUUCUAUUGUUCCUGGUGCUGGCCAAUAUAUGGCGGUCGGCGGAGGUAUGCCACAUGCGGCUUUAUAUCCGAGCAAUCCAGCGGGAAUCGUGCCAUUGCUACCACUUUUACAUUUUCCGCCACGACCAGGUCUGAUACCAUCCGGGCCAGGACUCUUUCCGGCGACGGCAGGUCUGGUCGGGUUUGGAAGUAGCGUCUCCAUGCCACCAUUCAUGCCUUUCCCAGGAACAAGUGGAGCCGUUACUGAUUCAGUUUGCCGUUCAUCCGCUCUUGAUACUAGUGAAGCAGAUCAAGUCGGCCAGUUUCUGAGGGUGCCCUCCGCUCUAACUGAUUCUCAGACGGAGCGAACCUAUUGUAAUGUUGCUCCCCUAGUGCCAGAGUCCAUGAAGUUUAGUGUAGGUGGAGGUGGAUCAUUAGCUGGAGCUACCACUGACCCGACUGGUGCAGAAGCCGUAUCAAAGCCAAAGACGAAACCCUCUGCACAGGCUACCGGCAAUCUCGGUGAUCCGAUUGAGGUGUCGGAUGACUCUGAUGAAUCAACACAAAAUAAGAAACAAUUAUCCCCGACAAACCUUGGCAGAUCGAGCAUGUUACAGCCUCAACUUCUGCCGUAUGCAAUAACACCAGCUACAUCUAUAGAUGAUUCUCUGUUGCAUUCAAAGGACAUACUCCAUCACUCCAUUUCCCCAAAUUUUUGUGAAUCCACCAAGAAGUUUAAAAAACAAUCAAAGCUUGGCCAUCCAGAUGUUAAAGUGUUAGCUAGCUCAGCCACACCUUCCUGCAACACCCCAUGUUUCCCCCAGUUUAAUAUGCCCAAUUUCAAGGGCGGGGACAAGUUUAGCUUGGCUGGUGGCGCGGAUCUCAUUCCAUUGUCGCGGCUGGAGUGCGGUCUGGCGUAUUCCUCUCAAACGGUUCCCGCCACAAGCUUGUCAGCUGGCGCAACAUCUGGAUCGGGGUCCGGCCUGGUACCCACACAGCUGAAUAUUUCCGAGGAUCAGCAGUUUAUGCCAAGUUUUUCUAGCUACGAGGACAUUACGAUCACACCAACUAACACAUUGGCCAUGGGACAAGGACGAGAUGAACUGAAAAUGCGCAAACUGCAUAAAAAGUUGAAGAAACCCAAGGAGGGAAAAGUAAAAAAGAAGAAGGACAAAAAGGAUAAAUUGAAGGAAAAGGAAAGAAAUGGAAGUAAUAUUCAUAAAAUCGAAAAGAAAAUCAAAGGGCCCGACAAGAAACAGAAGAAGGAAAAGAAGAAGGACAAGCAGAUAAUGACACUUAUCCCGGCAGAUGCAGAAGACUUCCUAAACAAUCAUCAUCUGCCAAAGUCGAACGAACGUAGCUCUAGUUGCGAAGUCUUUUCUGGGGUAUCUGUAAUGCCAUCCAUUCCAAUCCAGCCAUCACCAAAAUACUCGCCAAAUGCUCCCCACGACACCACACCCAAAUUGGAGCUUUCCCCAAAUCCUGUCCCAAAACUUACACUGAAACUAGGUGGUAAAUCCACACCGUUACCGUGUGCCGACAAGGAUAGAGACGCACAGGACGCUGGUAUCGUACAACAUUCAACUAUGGGGGGAAGCAAAAGGGAACGCGAACGGGACGACUCCCCAGAACUAGCUCGCUUUUCCCCAUUGGUUACCGGACCACCUAAGGCCAAGCCAUGUGAAACUCCAUUCUCAAGCAUAUCAAACAAUACGGUAGUGCCUUUAAGCAACUCUAACACAACCAACAGUCCUGUGAAACCUUUAACCAUCUCCUUGGCCCCCAUGGCGCCUCAGAUGGUGACAAGCCAUCCUGCUGCUGCUAAUUCAGGAGGCUGGAUGCCUAAUACUAGUAAUAGUGCUGUAGCGUCGUCCACGCUUUCGGCCAGCUCUGUUUUGUUGCCACAACAAUUGAUGUUGGCGUCCAAGCCCAUUGUGAAUAACUUUACUUCGGUAAUGGGAGUCAGCACAGAGACGCCUUUGGGGACAGGUCUGUUGCCUGUUUCACCUAACAAUUCUCCAGACUGUCCUCCACAAAUUGUGGAAUUAAACCGCCCUUCAUCUUAUGUUGAUGCCGAAGGUAAUCGAAUCUGGAUUUGCCCGGCAUGCGGAAAGGUGGAUGACGGUUCUGCAAUGAUUGGAUGUGACGGCUGCGACGCUUGGUACCAUUGGACCUGUGUUGGCAUCAAUGUUGCUCCAAAGGACAAUGACGAUUGGUUCUGCCGCGUUUGCAUAACUAAAAAAAAAGUACUUGGCUCAGAGAAGAAAAAGAAGCGAAACAAGAAAAAGUAAAUGUUUUCAUUCAUUUUAAGAAAAAAACCCCAUGCAAUCAACAGUUUUAUUAUAUUGUUUAUGUAUAUAUAUUCAAUAAAGAUUUAUUAUGUAGAAAAAAUCAA